GUGCUGGUGGGGACGCCGUCGGAAGGUGUACUGCUGAAGGGAGACAUCAUCACCAAGAUCAGUUGCACCGAGACCAAGAACAUUACACACCAGCAGGCCGCAGAUCUCUUUAAUAACGCAGGCAACCAGAUCGCCGUCCAGAUCAAAAGGGCGGGCGUGCAACCCACUCCGGCGGCAGCAUCCACCGCGGCUCCGCUGGUCAACGGCAGCCCGGUUCAGCCUCCCGUCUCAGUGCCAGUCUCAGGCGGCGUGCCACUACCAGGCAUCACUAGCAACACAACGGCGCGCCCCGAGAACCCGGCCGUGAGAUCCCUUCCCAAGACCCAGUUCGUUCUGAAGUCUGACCUCCCUCGGCCGCAGAAACAGCCCACCAACAACAUGGAGACCUUGUCCAUCCAGAGCCAGCCCUACCGCACGCUGCCUCUCGUGCAGCCUUCCGCUAAGGUGCGUGCGGACCUGGGCGUGGGUAGCAUCUCUCACCUCAAGAUGCAGGACGACCACAUCUCGGGGGUGAAGGAGCCACAGUUUGUGCCACAGUCUCAGGCCGUGGCGGCCAAAGCCAAGCACGACGAGAUAAUCAUGAAGCAGAAGGUUACCGGUACCUUGCAACAAAUCCAACAGACACAGCAGUCUCUCACCACAGCAACACAAGCGUCAAACCCUACCCUAGUUACUAAGCAGUACAACAGCCCUCUACCACUCUACUCCCAGGAGAAUGUGCAAGAGGCAAUGAGGAUGCAGACGUCCCCCAGCCACACACCGACCAUCAACCCGGUUGCUUCUUCUGCUGCUGCUGAUGCCGCCAAGGCCCUUAGAAAAGUGAGCUCCCCCACCCCCGCAAACAAGCCCGUGCAGGUGAUCCUCACCCCUUCCAAAGAAUAUAACCCUCAGUCGAGUGCCACCUGGCGCGCGCUUCAGGAGACUGACGCCCCCAUCGACCCCGAGAAGGUAGCAAACUACUCAGCCCUGAAGGAACAUGAUCCUAUCUACUCCGAGGUGUACACAGCUCCCGUAGCUCCUAAACCAGGCCAGCGGCCACCAGCCAGAACCAAUGCGCUACCGGGGCCCCGGUCGCCGGUGUCCGAGCUCCUGCCACCACCCAUGAGACCUGCCAACGAGGUGAUGGCGGACAGCGAGACGCGGAGUUUUCUGAGUCCUCCCAAGACGGGCCCUUCUGCUGUCCUCUCCGCCGCCUUGGCUGAGAGUAAACCUGUCGACCAGAUGACCACCGAUCGUGUUAAGAUUCCAAUAUACGAGGAUGACUACGCCCUUCUACAGGAGACGUACAACCCACCACGUAGACCAGGAGGCCCUAAGACAAAUGCUAUCGGUGGGAGGAAGAAGAUUGCGCAAACGGCUUUCUUCAACAAGCUGAUGAUGGACGUGCUGGGCGAGUGAGCUGCUUCCCACUGUCAACACACCCACCUCACCGCCCUAGGACUAUGCUCUCAUCACGUCUGUAAUAUAACGAACUGCUUUGCCUUUAAAACGAAGCGAUUUGCCUGUAAGGACUUUGCCUUAACGAACAAUUUUUAAGGUUGACUUCGACAGCAUUUAUUGGUUCUCCUGGAUAACGCAUAUCAUGAGCUCCGCUUCUCGGUGGACUGGGCGAGUGAUCAACUCCAUGGUGGAUGGUAGAGGGGAAGGAUCACCCGCAGUUGCUGGAAGACUUUAUAAUUUAGGUUAUAAUUAUCCCCAAGAAUGCUUGUCCGUUAUAUUCUUUGUGUUCAGGUGGAUAACAUUGUACUGUUGAAAUAUAUUUUUGCGAAUUAAUGCUAGCCAAGAAUGUCUGACAGAAUAGCAUAUUAUCAAACUGAAUUUUAAGAAAAUGUUUAAGAAAUUAUUGUGACAAAGUUUUUGUCCUCCUGUAGAUGAUAGUGAGGUACUGUAGGUAUGAUUAUUCUGUAUUAAAGGAGUUUAUGUAGCCAAGUCAAGGAGACGCUUCGAGCCGGGUCAGAGGACACACUCAAGGUCCCUCCACACGAGGACCAGCCCUGUCUGGGUGCUGCAUGAAGCCAGUUGUAUCUCCGAGGUUCAGCUGCUGAAGAUGCUCUUAGACUUUUUUUGUGGAGUUUACACUCACCGGCACAACUGACAACAACUGCCAACAGCUACCAACAUUUGGUCUUUAGUGUUAGUCUUACCUUGAGUGUCUCUGGUGACCACGGUCCCAUGUGUACCUCCGCCAGGGUCCUCCUGAGUGCCCGACACUCGGGUCCUGGCGCGCUACACCCGGAGUAUGACAGGGAACGCUCUUCAUAUUUUCAGUCUCGAUCUGUCUUGUGGUUCUCAGUUUUGAGUUACGUGAGUUAGAUGGAACAUUCGAGGAGGAAUUUUCAAAGUACAUAUCUGAGGUUGUUAUGUCUUACUGGCUUGGAAGCCUCGACUAUUUUGAUGGUGUUUUGUCCGCUGACGUCUGAAGAUGUUGAGGCAGAAAGUGUCAAGAAAUAACUGAACAAUUUUGGUACAUGUAACACGCAUCAUUUGUCAGCAUCAUAGCAUCAAAUUUGUUUUGUUUCUUGCCAGCAUUUUCACUUGGGAAAAUAAUGCCAUUUUUAACAUUUUUGUAAAAAUAUGUCAUUGUCCGAAUAGACAAAGUAGCAUUGCAUCAUUGCCAGCAUUUUGACGCCAAAAAUAAGACCAGAACAGAAGGUUCUGUAAUUUGGCAAGAUAAAUUUGUUUGGCUGUUAGCAGCGUGACACCAGAUAAUGGUGGUACCGUGAGCGCCCUUCUCUCACCUCUUGUCUGUUAUUAUUUUUGUGUUACUCUAGGCAGCUGGUCUCUUACUGCUUCGUCACGUCUAGUUAUAAUAUUAGACUGAAUUUUAAUUUUGUAUCCUCAUAUAUAUUUACUUAGGUUUUCCCUGCUCUACUGAUGCACCAUUUUCAAGGAUUGUAAUGCCAGAGUUCUGGACGGCCUUGAUGACCGCUGCCGGUGUGUGAGUUUAUUACACCUUCUAUAACCCACCAUGCCAGAAACAGACAACAUAUUGUAGACAAUAUGUACUGUAUAACAUGUUCAAGUAACAUGUCAAACAAAACAAGUUUUAAACUGUAUAUAUAUAUAUAUUUAUAUAUGCAUGAGAAAACAACAUAUAGUAGACAAAGUGUCUUGCACAAUAGGGCUCAUAAAUCAUAUCUCAGGCACCAUGUCUCGGGCAGCGUGUAGCAGGCAACAGACCCGGGUAACACGCGGCUCCUCGGGUGUGGCCUGAGAGGUCCAAGAACUGCUGGUAUUGCGCGUCACGUGACUAGCACACAUGAACUUAAUAUUCAGACUACUUUGGGAAUGUUCUUUCCAGGAUGACCAUAUUUUAGCUAUUUUGAGAACUGUACAGUUAAUGAGUGUGAAUAAAUGAUAAUCACAGUCAUAA